AUGAAGCCUCGUAAAUCUUUUUAUCUAAGUAUACNUCCACUCGAUUCAUUCGUUAAGACUGAAAACUUGGACAAAGAAUUCGAUAUUAAAGAGAUGGAAAUGUCAAUCAAAACUGAAAGUAUCGACAUAAAAUCAGAAGAUGAGGAAAGAAGGGACACGCCACUCCUGAUCUCCGAUAAUGUACCAUUCGAGGAGAGUGACUGUAAAAAUGAAGAAGAGGAUGGAUGUAAACAUGAGAACGGAUCAGAAGUGAAAACGAGGCAGGAGCGCAAAGUAUUGUACAAAUGUGAUAAAUGUAUCUUCGAAACUGAAAGUGAGAUGUGUUUUACGGCACACUGUGCGAGACAUGAGAACAAUUUGAGAGCAUAUAAAUGUGAAUCGUGUGAGUACGAAACUGAAAAUAAGAAAUUACUUCAGAAGCACCUGUUGAAGCAUAAAGAUUCUUUGCAGAUUCAAAUGUACAGGUGUAACGAUUGCGAUUAUGAAACUAAAUAUAAGUGUGACAUGAA